ACAACAUAGGAAAGAGAGAGGCACGGACUCUCGUUCUCUUCUUCUUCCUCAAAUUUGAAAUUCCGAAAUUGGAGUCGCAAAUUCGGCUAAAUUCCCAUGAAGUCCGAUCGUACGAUGGCUGGACCUUCGCGACCGUUGGAUCAGACCCCGAUUUCUCCAUCGCUGUCCGCCGAGCAUCAUCACUGCAGUGGCAGAAAUGUGGUUGCCUUGAUAGCACGGAGGGAGAUUUCUCCUAGAGCAAAACAUGUGCCCACAAGGCGGUGGGGAGAAACUUCUAAUAGGAAAUCUAGUUCCACCUAUGGGCCUAAGGGUGAAGCAAUCAGAGAUGUGAAACGUGGCCUCUGCUCAUGGGUUGAAGCAGAGUCGCUGCGGCAUUUGUCAGCCAAGUAUUGUGAUUUAGUGCCUCCUCCAAGGUCAACCAUUGCAGCAGCAUUCAGCCCCGAUGGAAGAAAACUUGCUUCUACACAUGGUGACCACACUGUAAAGAUAAUUGAUUGCCAAACUGGCAGAUGUGUAAAGGUUUUGAGCGGCCAUAGAAGGACACCUUGGGUGGUUAGGUUUCAUCCUUUGAAUCCAAAAAUAAUUGCUAGUGGAAGUUUGGAUCAUGAAGUUCGCUUAUGGGAUUUAAACACAUCAGAUUGUAUCGGCUCUCGUGAUUUCUAUCGACCUGUUGCAUCUAUUGCUUUUCAUGCCAAAGGGGAACUCCUAGCUGUUGCAUCAGGACACAAGUUGUAUAUAUGGAAAUACAAUGGGGAACCUUCUUCUCCAGACAUGGUAUUAAAAACAUGGCGUUCCCUUCGAGCAGUGCAUUUUCACCCCCAAGCUGCUCCGUUUCUCUUAACUGCUGAGGUCAAUGAUCUUGACUCUUCAGAUUCCUCAAUGUCUCAAGCAACAUCUCCCGGCUACAUGCAAUGUCCAUCUCCUGCUGUUUUUGUGGCAAACAUUGAUUCUAGUGAACGUCUUAGUUUGGCUACUAAACUACCACUUAUGUCCUUGCCUUUUGUCUUCGUGCCGCCAUAUAUAGAUGAUUCAAGAAGAGUAAUGCAGCCUGAAAACAGACCUGCUGGAUCAAAUAGCAUGCAAGUCACUUCUGCUUCAAUGCAGUUUCAAACAGAUGUAAAUGCAGCAGAGCAGGAUGCUACCACAGUUUCUCGAAUGGAGACAUUUCCAUCAGCUCCAAUUGUUUCCAAUCACAAUGCUGAAGGCAAUGCAGAUAAUUAUUUCCUUAAUGGAAGUGAUGCUUGUGACCACAAAGGAGAUGCAAUGGAGACUGAUGAGAUGCCAGCUGUAGGGGGAAGCCAGCAUGGAAGCUGGAUUAAUUUAGAUCCUGUGAAUAAUAGAGUACCUGAAAAUACUUCAAGUCAUCCUGGUUUUACUGAAUUUGGGCAACCUCAUAGAACGUUUCCUUAUAGAGAUCCUGCAUUCUGGGAGCAACCUUUUCUCCAAGGGUGGUUAACAGGUCAAAGCCAAGCUAAUUUUCCCUCAAUGCUUCCUCUUAAUCGUGGUGGGCUUAACAAUUUAGCUCAGCCUAUGGGUUCUUCUAGUUUAGUGUCGCAUCUGUCUGCUCAUAACGUGGCGGAUGUGGCAGCUUCUUUAGCAUUGCCAGGAAGCACCAAUGUAUCUGGGCUUUCUGGAAGAUCUGACUUGCAGCAUUAUUAUCAGCACUUCCACUUCUCUGGACCAGAAUCAGGGGAUAGUGCUUCCUUAAGUACCCAACCCGAUGAGAAUGAUGCACAGCCCAUUAUUAGUCGAAUCCAGUCUGAUAUUGAUACAUUAAUGGCUGCAGCAGCGGCUGCAGAAUUACCAUGCACUGUAAAACUAAGAGUAUGGUCGCAUGAUAUAAAAAAUCCUUCUGCUCUGCUGAAUGCUGAAAGAUGUUGUUUAAUUGUUCCUCAUGCUGUUCUUUGCAGUGAAAUGGGGGCUCAUUUCUCCCCCUGUGGGAGAUUUUUAGCUGCCUGUGUUGCAUGCAUGCUUCCUCAUACGGAAGCUGACCCUGGACUACAAAGUCUAGUUCAUCAGGAUUCUGGAAUUCCAACAUCCCCAACUCGGCACCCAAUCUCAGCUCACCAAGUUAUCUAUGAGCUUCGCAUAUAUUCACUUGAGGAGGCCACAUUUGGUUUGAUACUUGUCUCUCGGGCUAUUAGAGCGGCACAUUGUUUGACUUCAAUCCAAUUCUCCCCCACGUCUGAGCACAUAUUACUGGCCUAUGGUCGCCGCCAUGGUUCUCUUCUUAAAAGUAUUGUCGUUGAUGGGGAUACAACUGUACCUAUUUACACUGUUCUUGAGGUUUACAGAGUUUCAGAUAUGGAACUUGUGAGAGUACUUCCCAGUGCAGAGGAUGAGGUUAAUGUUGCUUGCUUUCAUCCCUUUGCUGGUGGAGGUCUAGUUUAUGGGACCAAGGAAGGGAAGCUUAGGGUACUCCAGUUUCAUGGUGCUCGAGAUGAAAACUUCGUUGGACCAAAUUACUUUACAGAGGAAAAUACGGCUGUUGCGGUAUAGUCAGCAAGAUGUUGAGGGAAAUGGUUCAGAGAAUUGCUUGCUGAGCAUCUUUUAUAAACUCCAGAAGCCUAGCCUUUUUCCUUCAGGAUCCAUGACAAUGUAGAUAUUGGGAAAGCAAAUCCAUAAAACAUCUUCUGCAGUUGGAGCCACAUGGUUCUAACCCUAUGCGUGCUUCUCUCAACCCAUAGAUCUAAUCAGCGGCGGAAGCUGGCGUCGGGGGUCCUGAAAGAUGGCACAACCAGCUUCAUUGAGGCUGAUGGCAGAGUUUAUGCAUUUACGGAUGAUGGCGAAGCGAGAUUGAAGUUUCGUGCUUGUACCAUGUUUGAUCAAUUAAGAGACCGUUAAGCCGAUUUUGUGUUCCUGUAACCGUAUCAAAUUGUGAAGUGCAAUUUUGAUAUGGGGACUGCUUUUGUAUGUCUAGAAUUCAAAGAAAGAAGCCCAAAAAUCCUGUAUGAUUAUUUUGCGUCACCAGCUAGUUAUACUAGACCUACUCACGGUGGAAAGUAGCACAAAACAGCAUCAUGUCCGGCUAAACAAACAAAAAGGAAUGGGAUCCGAAGUCUAAUGCUUUAUCAAAACUAAGAUUAGUGGUUUGUAUUGAUUAGCUAGAUGUUAGGUUGUCAGGUUGUUAAUGAAAUCAUACGUAUUUGCAUUGA